CAUCGGGCUGCUCGCAUCGCGGCCGAGCAGAUCCGUUCCUACGGGUGUGCGUAAUAUCCGCAGGGGACGAGGUGCGUUUUCGUCGGCAGAAUUCGGAGUGAGAGCUGUCAGGUAGAGGAAGGUGGCGGCCGAUUUGCAAUAAACGAAAGUGGAGUCUUGCGGCAAUUCGUGAGGUGAGAGUGGCCCAUUCCUGUUCGGUGGACCUGAAAGCGUAAAAUAACGAUGGGUUCCCUUCAACUUCAGUCAGUAUUGAAAGGCAGCUUCGUAUCCCGCAGGAACGAUCAGUUUAAACUGCACAAAAUCUUCGGACAAAUCGCCGCAAAAUGCUCCAGCCACCCGGCCAUUGUUUACGAGCACGGCACCGAUAAGGAUCGCAGCAUAUCGUAUGGAGAUUUGGAAGACUUGACGAACAGACUAGCUGCGGUUAUUCGAGGAUACAGUCAGGAUGAAGAUAAGGAUUCCGUCGUGGCCGUAUCAAUGAGACCUACCAAUUGUUUGCCGAUUACAUUGUUAUCAAUUUUAAAGGCUGAUAAGGCAUAUCUGCCAUUAGAUCCUGAUUUUCCAAGCUCUCGAAUUAAACACAUCCUGCAGGAUGCCGAGCCGAUAUUGGCGAUAGUAGAUGAUAAAGAGGACGCGUCAAUUUAUGAAGGGACCCCGGUUAUCACGUACUCGCAGCUUAUCAAAGAGGCCGAAUUCGAAAAGGGGGAGACUAUCGUCCAGGAUAAAAAGGAUCCCGAACAGAUCGCCAUCGUCCUGUACACGUCGGGAAGCACCGGAGUCCCGAAAGGGGUAAAGUUGCCUCAUCGUACCAUAUUAAACCGACUGCAGUGGCAAUGGGGACUUUUCCCUUAUCAACGAGAGGAGACUCGGUGUAUCUUCAAGACAGCGUUAACAUUUGUCGACAGUGUUUCCGAAAUUUGGGGUCCGCUCUUACAAGGUCGUACAUUGGUCGUAAUACCGAAGCACGUUACAAAAGAUCCGCAGGCAUUCAUACAAGUACUCGACGACCACAAGAUUCAGCGAUUGGUUCUGGUGCCCUCGUUGCUGCAAUCUUUGCUCAUGUACUUAAGUCUCCAGGACGAAAGGGGCGCCCUAGACGCUCUGAAGCUUUGGAUAUGUUCCGGGGAGACUCUUAUGCCGUCACUAGCGGAGCAAUUCUUCAAGAGGUUCCCAAAUAGAGAUUACGUACUCGCAAACUUCUACGGGAGUACCGAGGUGAUGGGAGACGUGACCUACCACAUCCUGAAGGAUCUCAGCGACCUGGAAGAGGUGGACAAAGUUCCCAUCGGGAAACCCGUGGACAAUACAAUUGUUUAUCUGGUUAACGAGGAUCUGCAAAUCGUACCUCAAGGGGAAAUCGGAGAGCUGAUAGUCACCGGGAGGAAUCUAUCCGCAGGAUACAUCAGGGGAAAGGACUCGACGAAGUUCCUGCAGAAUCCUCACACGGUCGACCCACAAUAUUCGAGGAUCUUCCGAACGGGCGACUACGCAAAGAUCGUCAAGGGUGUCCUGAUCUACGAAGGCCGUAAGGACUCUCAAGUAAAGAUAAGAGGCCAUCGGGUCGACCUUACGGAAGUUGAGAAAGUACUCUCGACUGCGCCGAUGAUUAAUAAAGCAGUCGUCCUUUGCUACAAACCUGGCGAACUGUCCCAGACACUAGUAGCCUUCGUAACCACUACGGGAGAUGCUUACGUAUCGGAGUCCUGCAUCGAAGCUCAUCUACGAAGCAGAUUGCCCCCUUACAUGAUUCCCCAGGUGGUCACUGUUGAUUCCAUUCCGCUUCUUGUAAACGGCAAAACGGACAGGCAUGCGUUAUUGACGCUGUACGAGACAAAAAAUAAAAAUGAUCACGAUCGCACGAUCGACUGCGACUACGAUGGCGUGCCCGAGGAACUCCAUGCUGCUGCGAAGAUCCUCUUCCCCACGGUGGCAUCUGUAAUUGGGCACAGCGUUAGACAGACUAUAUCGGUCAACUCGAACUUCUAUGAACUUGGUGGAAAUUCAUUGAACUCUGUUUACACGGUGACCAAGCUGAGAGAUCAAGGCUAUUACAUAGGGAUUACAGACUUUAUCAAGGCGAAGGACAUGAGGGGUAUCCUGAGUAAAAUGAAGAUCGGUACUGACUCCGAUUCAUUCCUGGAGACGGUGAACCUCGAGGAGCAUGUGCUCGAAGAAUUAAACGAAUCCCACAAAGAAGACGUCAUAAGAAUGGUGACGGAUAGUUUCUACUCGAAGGCUGAUCUUGAACAAUGGUUGAUGCCGGACAUUACCAGAGAAGAUUAUCGAGAGCUGGUGGAGGCUCUGUGGGAACCAUUAAUCGAGAAAGGAUUCAGUUUUGUAAUUAAAUCCAUUGGGGACCGACCUGAGAAUAACGUCCUCGCCGUUGGACUCAACUUUGACGCUCAUGAUGAACCAGAAGUGUCGAUCUCCUCGAAGCUGACUAUAGUUUUCGAAUUCUUAGAGUAUUUGGAAGGACCGAUCAGAGAUAACAGACUGCCGAAGGGAAAGGGCCAAAUCCUUCACAGUUUUAUGAUGGCAACUAAUAGUAGCCUAACGUCUGCUGAAAAUGUUAUCGUAAUGAGAGAAAUGGAAGAGCACUGUUUAGUCCUGGCGAGGCAAAAAGGAUUUGCUGGAAUAUUUACGACCAACACAAGCCCGCUAACUCAGCAACUGGGCAUCGACGUGUACUGUUAUGACGUACUUUUGGACUACCAAGUUAACGAGUACAUCGCACCGGACGGUUCGAGACCUUUUGGGCAGGCUCCGGACGACCAGAGAGCCGUGUGUUCAUGGAAAGCUGUAAAAUAA